GGAACGAUUAAAGGAGAACCUAUUUGUUUACAUAGAUCCGAAGUUGAAAUAUUUUCAGUUUCUCUGACAUCUUCUGGUUUCAAAAUUAGCCAGGGACUUUUUACUAUUUAAUAACUUACAAACAGUGAAAAGCCUUUCAAUUGUCUUGUUUAGUUAGCUCUCUGGAGCAGGUUUUCCGCUUACUACGAGGGUAGCUAGCUCGAUGUUAGCAGCAAUCUAUCGCUUGCUAUGCAUUUCACGAUGGACGACAGACUAUAAAAUUUGACCUCCGAUGUUAUAAACAAAUUGAAAGGUUGUUAUUUGCAGUUUUACAAAAAUGGAUAUCAGUCUAACAAUUUCCCUAAUGCGGGGACAGAUGGGUACCGUGAUAGAGAGAGCGGUUAGUGCCGCUGUUGAGACGGUGUUGGGAGAGAUGCUUAGAGUGGUCGGCAUUAAAUUCGACGAGCUGAAGAUGGAGGUAGUAGCUAAAGAGAAAGAGGCGGAGAACAUAAGACAGAUGCUGGAGAUAUCCCGAUCUCAGAUGAAGACCAUGCGGAAACACAUGAACGCUCUGGGUGAGCACGCGCACUCUGCCACUUAUCAGACCUACCGGACAGCAUUCGGCCAUUCUGAUCCCCGCAGAAUUCACGGUUCCUCCGAGGCCGCACUGUCCUCGGGUUUACCACAGCCGCCGAGAAGGACGGUUCCAAACAACAACCAAAUUCCCACUACAAAUGGAAACGUACAGGCAAGGAAUCGAGUCACCAUCACCAUACCCUCUGAUAAUUUGGUCAGGGCCACCCAGCCCUCUGAUAAUUUGGUCAGGGCCACCCAGCCCUCUGAUAAUUUGGUCAGGGCCACCCAGCCCUCUGAUAAUUUGGUCAGGGCCACCCAGCCCUCUGAUAAUUUAAUCAGGGCCACCCAGCCCUCUGAUAAUUUAAUCAGGGCCACCCAGCCCUCUGAUAAUUUGGUCAGGGCCACCCAGCCCUCUGAUAAUUUGGUCAGGGCCACCCAGCCCUCUGAUAAUUUAAUCAGGGCCACCCAGCCCUCUGAUAAUUUGGUCAGGGCCACCCAGCCUUCUGAUAACUUGGUCAGGGCCACCCAGCCCUCUGAUAAUAUGGUAAUCGUUAGGGCAACAUCAACAUCCUUUGACAGUCACGAUGAUCUGACAACUGUGAUCUCCCAGACUCUGGAGGACCGGACAUUGACACCCACUGUCUCUGCAAUGAAUAGUUCAUCAGAGCAUCUGGAACCUUUGAAAGAGGAGCCCCCAGCCCUCCUGGACCCCGAGGUGUCUAAUGAGAGCCAGAGGAGGGAGGAGGAAGAAGAGUGUCAGGCUGAUUGGACCAUAAGUACACAGCCACCAGAGACCAGCACAGACCCUGGGGCCCAGCUGGUCCUCUCCCCUCCCAGGACUGACGGAGCAGACUGCUCUGCCAGGAGUGUACUGCCAUCCUCCCAGCCCCUGUCCCAGUUCCAAGUGAAAGAGGAGGAAGCUGAGGUGGAGAUCAUCUGUAUCAAACAGGAACCAGAGGAGGUGGAGACCCUGCUGAUAAACCUGGCUGCCGAAGGCUUCAACUCUCAGGGCAACCUCCUCCUGGACAGUCAUAGGACCAUCCCAGGCUCUCAAAGCCAGAGGGAUAGGAGAGCACCCCGUCCACCACAGAGCCAGAGGACCUUAGCAGAGAAUACACCCUUCACCUCAGCCGACUCUUGUUCAUAUGGGCUGUCCCAGGCAGUGAUGUCCAUGUCAGGAGUUGCUCCCAGGCCCAUGGUGCGUCCGUGGCCCAAGGACCUGAGUCUGUACGAGGAGUUUAAAAUGAGACGAACUGAGCUGAGGAGGAGGAGCCAGACCCGUCAGAGGGAGAUGGAGAAGAACCUUCCCCAGCCUCUAUUAGCUGACCUGGUGAAGGAGAGACGGGAGAAGACCCGGCUCAGAGUGGCCCGCUGGAGAGCCAAGAGGAAGCUGCAGGCCUGUCUACUGACUCAGAUGACCCAACAGACACAACACCAACAGACUGGACCGGGACUGGGCCAGGUGAAUAGUGUGAACAGUGGGCUGGGGAAUCAUAGCCAGAUUAGCCACCCCACACAACACAAAACCACAGGCCCCACUCAGACUCCGCAGAGGAACAGUGCUGCCAUCUCUCAAUCGCAGUACAAUAACAGUUUUUUGUACAACAGAAGUCACUGUGAGACUGGGGCUGGUAACGUUAACUACCCUCCUCUCCAGUUCAACUCCUCCUCUCUAAUGCUGGGACAACAUGGAGGACACAAUAUGGUGGAGCACAAUAUGGUGGAGCACAUUUUGCAGCCUACAAUGACAUCAUCCUCACAGCAGGGCCUCUCCCUGACAGACUCUGAGCUCUACCAGUAACAAGGGAUCAUGGGUAUUCAAAUCUUACCCAACAAGUUCUGGAUUACUGCUGUUUUUUGUUGUUGUUCUACCUGAUAAUGAAUUACACCCACCUGGUGUCCCAGGUCUAAAUCAGGCCCUGAUUAGAUGGGAAUCACCCACCUGGUGUCCCAGGUCUAAAUC